CAUGUGCCCCAUGAAACUCAUUCUGGGAUGAAUGCCAGAUGUGGGAAUGUGGACAAACAGUGAACAGGCUUCCAACCUGACAGUUGGGGGAUAGGAUGACACACCUUCUGAGGGAGCCAAUCUGCUGGGUGAAAUGUUUCGGUGAUGUCCGAACUAUAGUAUAUAAAAAAAGGUCAUCAGAGAAGGGGGAAUAUUUAAAUUUAUUGGGCUGAUGAAAAGGCCCAAAGAAAAGUUCUACUGCUGAUCUUUGAAGAAAAACAUCAGGCAAGAGGCAUCAUUCUAACCACAGCAAAGGCACCUGAAAAAUUCUGUUUAGAUCCACAAAUUAAGAGCGGACAUUGCUAUUUUUUUUUCUUGUUUUGAUUUCAAACUCAAGACUGAUUAUCUCCUAGUUGAAAAACAUGACAUCUAUUUUAGCUGACUCCAGUGAAUCUAUGAGGACUGACAGGAAUACUUAUGUUGGAAAUAAGUUUGUCCAUGUUAAAAACCCUCACCUGGAUUCUAUGGAUGAAGACAUUCUUUACCAUUUGGAUUUAGGAACAAAGACACAUAACUUUCCAGCCAUGUUUGGGGAUGUAAAGUUUGUCUGCGUUGGAGGGAGCCCCAACAGAAUGAAGGCUUUUGCACAGUUUAUCCACAAAGAGCUUGGAUUUGAGGGGAGUGAGGAAGACAUACAGGACAUUUGUGCUGGGACAGACAGAUACUGUAUGUACAAAACAGGUCCAGUACUCUCCAUCAGUCAUGGCAUGGGCAUUCCUUCCAUUUCAAUAAUGUUGCACGAGCUCAUCAAACUCCUUCACCAUGCAAAAUGUUGUGAUGUGACAAUAAUCCGCAUUGGUACAUCUGGGGGCAUAGGGAUUGAACCUGGAUCUGUUGUUAUAACGGACACAGCUGUAGAUUCCUUUUUUAAGCCCCAGUUUGAGCAGAUCAUCCUGGACACUGUGGUAACUCGAAGUACAGAGCUGGACAAGGAAUUGGCAGAAGAAUUACUUAAUUGUAGUGAAGAAAUUCGAGAGUUCCCAACACUCAUUGGGCAUACAAUGUGUACCUAUGAUUUCUAUGAAGGACAAGGACGUCUAGAUGGAGCAUUGUGCUCUUUUUCCAAUGAGAGAAAGCUUGAUUAUUUACAAAGAGCUUAUAAAGCUGGCAUCAGGAACAUCGAAAUGGAGUCAACUGUAUUUGCAGCCAUGUGUGGACUUUGUGAUCUAAAAGCUGCUGUUGUCUGUGUUACCCUUCUCAACAGACUGGAAUGUGACCAGAUCAGUUCACCCCAUGAAGUCCUACUAGAAUAUCAGCAACGGCCCCAGCAACUGAUCUCAAUUCUUAUCAAAAAGCGCCUUGGACAACAUAACCCAAAGUAAUUUGCAGCCAGCCAAACUAUCCCUCUUCACUUCCAAUUACAUGCAAAUUCCAUUUUUUUUUUUUCGAAGCAAGCUUAAAUAUGGCAGCCCCAGUGAAACCAAUGACUUGUUCAAUUGUGAUUUUUAUUGUGGUACAAAGCCCCAAAUCAAGCUCACACUGAAAUACCUCAGCCAUUUUGUAGAUAUGAUUACCAGUCAAUCUAUUUCUGAAAUCCAUCCAGACCUUCAUGUUAGAACACUGUCAGACCAUCUUAAGAUUUGGACAAGUUUCAGCAGUUGAGCAUACACGUUCAAAAUAUUUACCUCCCAAAUGUCAGUUUAAUAUGGAUGUACAUGGAAAAAUCAUCCUAGGGAAAUGGGUCACACUUCACUUUGUUUCCAUCUGCACGAUUUCAGCAAAUUAGAGAGUGGGAAUUCAAAACCUAGGUAGUUAUUUUUAUAUGAAUGAUUUUAUUUCAAAAGAAAGGUAGUAUGGGUUUCAUAUUUAUUUCUGAGAAAAAAGACAGUAAUCAGAUGGGGUGAGUUGAGGGCAGUAUUUAAGUUUGUUUAUAAAGCUAAACUAUUUUUUAGCAUUAGUAGUUUGUAGGAUUUAUAUUUUUAAUUCAUAGAAAAAUGACCAACUUCGCAGAAGAAUUUUUGGAAUUGGUGUUAAAAUUUUGUAGAAUAUUAUAGCAGAUUUUCUCAGCACUUACAUGAUACCUUGGUAGUGGCUUGGCCCUCAGGGAAGUACUACCAUAUCUCUUUUAGGCUGUUCAGUGCUCUGGAAUAAUUGCCUAAGCCUUUGGCUCUUUUCCAAGGCUGACAAAUGCAAGAAGGGGACAAGGUGAUUGGGAGGAGGGGAGGAGGUUUGGUGGUUGGGUUAUAAUACAAGGUAAUGUGUGAGGUUUUGUACAUAAAUGAUCUGUACAUAUGUUUAUAUAUUUUAGGCCAAAUAAAGCUUUAAUUAUGUUUUCAUAUA